AUGUUCAAGCAACUUGUUAGAAAUCCGACUUCUUCGCUUUCUUCACUCGCUAAUAAUAUUUUCUCUCGUGCCGCGAGCUCGGCACGAAUUCCCGAUGUGCAAACUGAGAAUUAUACUAAAUAUGGUGGUAAAUACACGGUAACACUAAUACCUGGUGAUGGUAUUGGACAAGAAACCGCUGCAGCUGUUAAAACGAUAUUUAAAGCUGCCAAUGUUCCAAUUGAAUGGGAGCAAUUAGAUGUUACCGGUUAUACGGAGAAGGGUGAUGUACUGUUUCAACAGAGUGUCGAUAGUAUACGGCGAAAUAAAAUUGCUUUGAAGGCGGGAUAUCCAACACGUCACAAAGACGUCGAUUUUGCAAUAAUUCGUGAAAAUACCGAAGGCGAAUAUGCCGGAUUAGAACAUCAGACAUAUCCAGGAGUGGUGGAAUCUUUGAAAAUUGUGUCAAGGGAAAAAACUGAACGAAUAGCUCGAUUUGCUUUUGAUUUCGCACUCAAGAAUGGGCGCAAAAAAGUGACAUGUGUACACAAAGCUAACAUCAUGAAACUUGGCGAUGGUCUCUUUUUGAAUACAUGUCGUAAAGUCGCAAAAGAAUAUGAAACAACAGGCAUUCAAUUCAAUGACAUGAUUGUUGAUAAUUGUUCUAUGCAAUUAGUAUCUCGACCUCAGCAAUUUGAUGUGAUGGUGAUGCCUAAUUUAUAUGGUAAUAUUGUCAGUAAUGUCGGGGCAGCAUUAGUUGGCGGUCCUGGAAUCAUACCGGGAGCUAAUAUUGGAAGUGAUUUUGCCUUGUUUGAACCGGGUUGUCGUCAUGUUGGUAAAGAUAUUCAGGGACACAACACUGCCAAUCCUACAGCUUUACUUCUUUCAGGGGUAAUGAUGCUGCGUCAUCUUAAUCUUGAAGAUUUUGCCAAUAAAAUAUCGAAUGCUGUUUAUAAAACAAUCGAAAGAGGAACGGCUAAGACACCAGAUAUGGGUGGUUUCUCGACGACUACAGACUUUACACUUUCUGUCAUAUCCAAUUUGUAA